CCGCUACUGCGGACAUACAGACCACACCACUCACUGUGCCGGCAGCGGCGUACGUUUGUGUACAACUGCGCGAGUGUGUCCGUGCGUCUAGGCUGUGCCACCUGCGACUUGAGUCAUCACACGGCAGCACCAGCACAGCACCGGCAACCUACGGGCAGCGUAGCUACUCGUCAUCGGUUACUCAUCAAGACGGGGAGCAGCGGGCGGCCAGCGGACAUGAGAAGAAGCGGCGCCCGCCCGCUGGGGCGCAGCAGGUAACGCCGGCAUGGCGGCCACCCGGGCGCGGACGCUGAUGCGGGUGCGGGCGAGGCGCCGGACCCCCUACCUCGCCCUCGCGUCACUCCUGGUGCUGCUGGUGGCUCCAGGCGCUGCCCAGCGGCGGCCGCUCAACGCCACACAGGCGAUCCUCAGGGGCGACUCGCCCCUUGCCUCUGGCGUUGAAAACUACCUGCAAGUUCCACAGGUGUUUACGGUGCGGCUGGACAGCGGCCUGCCGGAGUGGGUGCGGCGGCAGCGGCGCGUGCCCGCCUCCACGCCCUUCCCGUGCGACACUCGCGGCGGCCGCUCCGCCCAAAGGCCCUCCUCGGUGCACCGCCUCAGGCCCGGCGACAUCGACGUCGUCGCCGCCAUGGGCGACAGCCUCGUAGCCGGCAACGGCGCCCUCGACGAGUUCGCGCUCGGCGCAAUAAUAGAGUAUCGCGGCGUCUCCUGGUGCGCAGGCGGCGACGGCACGUGGCGCGAGGCGGUGACGCUGCCGAACCUGCUCAGGGAGUACAACCCGGCGCUGCGCGGCUACUCGGUGGGCCGCGGCGAGUUCCUGGCGCCCUCGGCCGGCCUCAACGUCGCCUUCCCCGUCUCCGCGGACGCCGACGCGCUGCAGCAGGCGCGCACGCUCGUCCGCAGGAUGCGCGCCUACCCCGGCGUCGACUACCAGCGCGACUGGAAGGUGGUGACGGUGUUCUUCGGCGCCAACGACCUGUGCUCUGCGCAGUGCUACAACCCGGCGCGCGCGGCCGCACCCCACCACAUCCGCCGCCUGAGGGACGCGCUCGACUACUUGCACCAGCACAUGCCUAGGGCUUUUGUCAACCUCAUUCCAGCCCUAGAUGCGUCAGUUAGUGUGCGGGUGAAGCGCACGUUCAUGUGCCGCAUGAUGCACCUGUUCUUCUGCCAGUGUGCGCACUUCGGACGCGCCCGCGACAAGAUAGGCGCCAUAUCGCAGCUGGCGCAGGCCUACCAACGCGCCGAGGAGGAACUGGUGGCGAGCGGGAGGUACGACACGCGUGAAGACUUCACGGUGGUGCUGCAGCCCUUCUUCAAGGCGUUCAACACGCCCGCGGAUCCGGAGCAGCGGCGGAAGGAGGCCAUCGACAUCUCCUUCCUGACGCACGACUGCUUCCACUUCAGCCAGAAGGGACACGCGCUCGGUGCCAACAUGCUGUGGAACAACAUGCUGGAGCCCGUGGGCAACAAGUCGGAGCGCGGCCUGCGGCGCGUCUUCGAGGACUUCCGCUGCCCCACCGAGGACGCGCCCUUCAUCUUCACCGCCAACAACUCCAGGACCUUCCAGCGCACGGGCCGCCAGUGGUAGCAUCCGUCUCCACAGACAGGAAGUGCCCUUCGGAGUCAAUUGAAGAACUUCGACUGCAUUUCUGAUUGGGAAGGAAGGCCGUUCGGCUGUGCCGUUACCGUCAUAUGCACGGCUUCCUUGUUACUUUUAUUCCUUUGUUUCCGUAGCCUCCGUCACUCACUCAGGCCUGCUUCGGACUGCACAGUUAAUGUAAAUGUAAGGUACUGCGCUUGUUCUCGCAAGUUGGUCUCCCACCCGAUCUCGUAAUUACGCAACUUUCCUAAUUCCAACCACUGCUGUAAACAUGUAAAAAAUAA